AUGUUUUCUGCUCAGGGGGCCCCCCGGCAGCAGCAGCCCGUCACCUCCCCCAUCCAGGGGCCCCCAUGGGGCCCCCUUUUAUCAACCCGGGGCCCCUUGGGGGGCCCCCUUGGGGGCUCUUCUGGGGGCCCCGGGGGGCCCCUAGACCCUGCUGUUGCUGCUGCGCUGCAGGUGCUUCAGGGAGCCCCCCUUUGGACUGAGUCUGCUGAGUAUUGGGGCUCUGCUCCUCCUGCAGAAGCAAAAGACUAUUUAGAAGCCCUCACAGUAUUGGCUAAUGCAUGCACAUGCACUGCAACACGCGAGGCAGUGCUACGAUGGGGGGGCCCCCAUGAGGGGGCCCCCUCUCAAGGGGAGGGGGGGCCCCCUGGGGGCCCCUUGCUGCUGCAGCACCUCUUUCGAGUUUUAUGCUGCGUGUGCCGCGUUUGCUUGGAGAAUAGGGGUAUCGUCUAUGGGGGCCCCUCUGGGGGCCCCCCUUCUGCUGCAGGAGAAGAGGAUAUAGGGGGCCCCCAAGGUGGGGUUGUUGUGUUUCCUGCUGCUGAUGUAUGGGUACGGUGGGGGCCCCCAUUGGUUGAGGCCCUUCAUACUGAUUCGUUUGCUGGAGAUACACUGCAACGCCUAACUCGUCUGCUGUAUGUCUUGUUGAGCUGCUUAGGGAGGUCUCCUCUUGCUGCUGCUGCUGCUGCGCUGCUGCAGCCAGCAGCAGCACAACACGCCUUUUGCUUCCUGGCUACAAUGGCUGCUGCAGCAGCGGAACAGGAGGCCCUUAGCAUACCCUCAGCAACAGCAACAGGAACAGCAGCAACACCAGCAGCAGCAGCAGCAGCAAACUCGACAGCAGCAACACCCGCAGCGGACGCCUCUGCUGCUGCAGAGCUGCCUUCCUCGGUAACCCCGACUAGCAGCAGCAGCAGCAGCAGCAGCAACAGCAGCAGCAACAACAGCAGCAGGAGGGAGACAUCGUUGCUUCUAGCUCUAUUGGGAGCAUAUGAGGGCCUCCUCUCUCUGCCUAAAGUUGCUGCAGCAGCAAGAGGGGGCCCCCAAAGGCCUCUGCAUAAAGCAGUGCAGCGGGGGGCUGCGCGACUUCUAGGAAGAGCAGCAGCAAUAACCGAUGCUGCUGUUGCUGUUGCUUCUUGGCUAAUAUACCAGCGCCUCUCUAGCAGCAGCAGCAGCAGCAGCAGCGGUGAGGGAUCGUUCAGCCCCUCGAAUGUGCGGCACCUGCUGGCUCUGCUAAUUGCUGCAGCAAGGCAGCAGCUGCAGCGGCCUGUGGAGCAGCAGCUAUCUGUCUCCUGUCUCCUUGAAGCACUGAAGGAGCCUUAUAUGCAUGAGCGCCUCAGCAGCUGCGCCCACGAAGCAGCAUUAGCUUUUGCUGCUGUUUGUCUGCAAGCGUUGCAGGCUGUUGCUGCAGCAACAGAAGCAGCAGAAGCAGCAGCAGCAGAAGCAGCAGCAGCAGCAACCGCAGAGGCGGAGGGGGAAGACAGGGAUGUUGGGGGCUCCUCUCAAGAGAGGGGAGAUAGACAGCGGGGUCUUGCUGCAGCACGUGCUGCUGCUGCCGCUGCUGCUGCUGCUGCUGCUGCUUCGAGUGCUGCACCACUUGCGGAGAUGCUCGCGCUGCUGUGCGUCUCUAAUGCUUCGCUUAGGGCCUCCAUUGGCUACAGGCUCUGCUGCCUCCCACCGCAGCAGCAAGACAGCCCUGCUGCUGCUGCUGCUGCUGCUGCUGCUGGAGCUGCUGGAGCUGCUACAGCACAGGGCGGCGCCAGCGGCAGCACCCGAGUAGAGAGCCAAACCCCGCAGCAGGAGCAGCAGCAGCAGGAGCAGCAGCAGCAGCAGCAACAAGCGUCUCCUCCGAGAGGCCGCAGCAGCGCGGCCCUUUCAGCGCUGAGCUUACCUGCACUUUUAUAUUUUGCUGCACAUGGAGAGGAGCUUGGCUGUAUAUACACCUCAGCAUUUCUAGAGAGUUGCUUGAGGUGUACAGACACCCGAAGCUUAGGGCGGUAUUUGUCUCCUCAGCAAAAACAAAAGGCCCUCACUGCACUCGCAGCAAACGCUAACUUGCUUCGGGAAGAAGCUGCCCAGCGGGGAGACACUCAAUUGCUGCUGCGGCUGCUGCAUGCAUCAUUUGAUUUGAGUGCAUGCACGAAGAGACACCUGCCUCGGUCUCUGCGGCUGCUGCAGCAAACUGCUGCUGCUCUUGCUGCUGGGCCUCUCACCGCCCCACAAACAGCAGCAGAAGCAGAAGAAGCGUUUCUGCUGCUUCAUAAGUGCUGCGCGCUGUGUCUCCCUGUCUCCUUUCGCUCGGUUCCCCCAAUCGACUGCAUUCAAUUCACAAGCAAUGAGUCUCCAGCUUCAGCAGCAGCAGGCUCUGCUGCUGCUGCUGCUGCUGCUGUGGGGGGGUGGGGGGACUCGGGGGUGCUGGAGGGGAGGUGCCCUUUAGUGCAGCGGCUGCAGAGCCUCAGCAAAUGGGGGUUUGUCUCUGGGGAGAGUUCUUGGCUGCUGAGCUGCCGUGCUGUUGCUGCUGCUGUCGCUGAGGGGACCCGCAGCAGAGAAGCGGAGAUGCGGAGGCAGCAGCAAAGCCUAGAGGAAGCAAGAAACAACGUGGAGUUGUCUCGACUUAAAGAAGGAGCCGAGCGAAUGGAUCGGCUGCAUGCAGCUGAGCAGCAGCGUCUGUCGGAGGAGACACACAAGCUGAGGGCGGAGUUGGCGAGGGAGCAGCAAAGAGGAAGAGAACUAGUAGCUGAAUUUGAGAGGCUUCUUGAUGCAAAAGAGACCGCCAUUACUAGCCUAAGGGCCAGCUUAGAGGAAGGUAGGAAUGUGACGGGGCCUGAUGCUUCGGCUAUAUCGCGAGACCUGCAAAUUCAAACUGCACUUAAUGUUAAACAGAAAGAAGAAAUUGCUAAACAAGAAGAAAAACUGCGCUUGCUGCUGGAGAGACAGCAGCAAACAUCAAGCAGCCUCAACGCACUCACAGACAAACACAGACAGCUGCAGGAGGCGAAGGCCCAGCUGCAGGUAAACUAUGAAAAACUUCAAGAUGAUAACGAGCAGCAAUUCAGACAGCUGAUUUUAGUAAUGAAGGCGCUGGCUGAGCAGCAAGCGGAGAACGAAACCCUUAAGGAGGAGCGCAUGCAAUCUGCAGCAAACCAGCAGCAGCAGCAGCAACUGGAGCAGCAGCUGCAGCAGCUGCAGCACCAGCUGCAGCAAAUGGCUCGCGAGCAGGAAAACCAUGCCCGCGGCGCCUCUUUCCGUGAAGUGUCUCUGGAGGCGCAGCUGCGUGCAUACGAAGAAGAAAAUAAAACCCUAAAAGCAGAGAACCGCAACAAAACGAAUGCCAUCGAACAGCUGGAGCAGCGAUUGCAUGCAGCACAAGAAGCAGCAGCAGCAGCAAAAGCUGCUGCUGCUGCUAACUCGGACGCCCUCAGCCGCAUGCAAGAGGAGCUGAAGGAGAAGGAGAAUCGGCUGGCAGUUAUCAGCGCUGCCCUCCGUGGAGGGCCUUGA